GACUACCGACCUGGUGCUCAUGCGUAUUCACCACAGCCGGUGCCUGAGACGUCUGCGCAUGCGCCUCACCUCCGCCUAGACGGACAGAAAGAUGGCAGGUGCCCCCCCAGGAAUGGAACUGUGCCCCUAUUGUAGAAAGCCAUUUAAGCGACUGAAGUCCCACUUGCCAUACUGUAAGAUGGCAGGAGACAUGAAAGCUGCUUUUGACUUAGGCAAGAUGGCCUCUCUUGACUUGAAAGCGUCUCAGUCCAAGCCAGUUAGACUCCUGGCCACUGAGAAAAAAAGGGGACAAAGCAAAGAGAAGAUCACAACCCCAGACAAUAGCUCAGAAAGAGAAAGUAAGAAAAAAUCCCUUGACACAAUAGGGAACAAAGUAGAAAGCAAAUUAAACCCCUUACAAAUAGGGGGUACUGCUGGAUCAGAAAUAGCCAGCAACUUGCCUGCAGAAAAGCCAGGUAAAAAUACAAAGCGGCAAAUUAAACUGACUUCUGAAAAGACACACAGAGAUGAAGGAAUGACAAUAGUUCAAGAAGAGGCCAGAAUGCACAUGAAUGCAGCAGAGGAGAGGACUUCAAAAGCAAAGCAUGCAAAGCAGUUACCCACCAACCAGAAAAGCAGAAGUAAAAAUACUUCUCAUGAUGAGAAUUCAGCACCUGGUGGCAUUUUGGAGCUUUCUUCUUUGAAUAAGGAUGGAAAAUCUGCUUCAAAGUUUCCUAAUGACCCAAUAAGAUCUGCAAAACAGAAACAAAGGAAGGUAGGGUCUUCAACACAGGAGGUGGCUGGUUCUCUGGAUUUACCCACUUGUGAUCUUGAAAGUAUUCCCAGGGCAGCUAUUGAGGGAGUGAAAGUAGUUAUUGAGAAACAUCGUGUCAAAGUGCUAAGAGGUAGGAAUGAAUCCAAAAUUCAGGGCACUCUGGCAGACAGUGCUACCACAGGUAAUUGUACAACCCAGGGUUGGUAUCUGGAAAUGCUGGCUCCAGACUGCUCUGAAAGCCAUGCAGACACAGUCCAGUCUGUCCACUGGAAGAAUGUGAACGUUACGGGGGCCAUGAACACAAAUGCUUUUAGUCUGGAGUUUGCAGAAAGUAAUACCUUGAGUGGAGAGAGAGAAAAAGGCAAUCGUUUAACUGCAACUGGAAUGCACGUACUCAGCGAUCCUGGGAAGGCUGACUGUGGAAAGAGCCCUCGUGGCCUCGUUCCGCUGGACAGAGUGGCUAAAAGUGAGACAGAAGAGAAGCAGUUUACCUUAAAUGGUGAUGUGGAUUCUAAGGCCUCUUUCUCUGCUUCCCUCCCUGAGAAGCCCCACCCGUCAGUGAGAGAGACUCUCAGAGGAGCCAGUGAAGGAAUAGCCAGCAACUACCUAGCCUGUGUGCAACAGCUUCUGGUGGAUGAAAAGCAGGUUGCCUUACUUUCUGAGUCUGUUCUGAAUACAGGGAGAAGAGACAGCGAGCUGGCUUUGAAACAACACUUGUGCUACACCUCUGAAAACCAACCUCCUUGUCUGUUCCAAUCUUCUGGCAGGAACAUACAGGCAAGAUCCAUUGGACUGGAGUGGUUUCCAGAAUUGUAUCCCAAUUAUCAGAGGCUGAGCAUGUUUCCAGGGAGACUUCUCCAGGGGGACGCGGCGAUCAAGAUGAAGAAGAUAGAGCCUGGUUUCUUGGAAAGACCGCAAGCUCCCCUCGUAGAAAGACGUCUGAUGGAGGUAAAGCUCAGGGAGCUGCCUGCCUGGCUGGCAGCUUGUGAUUUCUCUCCAAAGGGACUGCUCGGAGCAGUGCAGAAAGCCUGGAGCAGUUACUACAACAAAUACAUCGACGUAAAGAAGGGUGGAGCUGCUGGGAUCUCCAUGCUGUUGGCUGGAUAUUGCAUCCUCAGCUAUGGCUGGAGAUAUGAGCAUCUGAAACAAGAUCGCUGGCGCAGGUAUCACUGA